CCUUCUCCCUCCUCCUCUUCUUGCUGCUGCUGCUGCUCCUCCACCCUGCACAUCCAUCACAGCCUCUGUGGACAUGGACCGAUCAGGCUUCUUUCUCAAGCUCUUCGGCUUGCUGGUAUGCCUUCUGCCCAUUCUCCAGGCAUGUCCUCAGAACUGUCACUGUCAUGGAGGAGACCUCCAUCAUGUCAUCUGUGACAACGUUGGACUGAGAAAAAUCCCCAAGGUAGCUGAGCAGACACGGCUCCUCAAUCUGCAGAGGAACAGCUUCCCCAUCCUGCCUACCAAUGGUUUCAGGGAGAUGAAAAAUCUUGUCUCCCUCCACCUCCAACAUUCGCACAUCAAAGAGAUCUCCAGCGGAGCCUUCCGCGGCUUGAAGCAGUUGGUCUACCUUUACUUGUCUAAUAAUGACAUUAGCGUCAUAAAGACGGGAGCCUUUGAUGACCUGACAGAACUCACCUACCUCUACUUAGACCAUAACAAGAUCCCUGACCUGCCUAAGGGGCUCCUCUCCCCACUAAUUAACCUUUACAUCCUACAGCUAGGUAGCAACAAGCUCCGAGAUUUGAGAUCAGGAGCCUUCCAUGGUGCCAAAAACCUUCGCUGGCUCUAUCUUUCCAAUAACUCCAUCAACUCCAUCCAACCUGGGGCCCUGGAUGAUGUGGAAAACCUAGCUAUAUUCCACCUUGAUAAGAACCAGCUGACCACCUACCCAGUGGUUGCAAUGAGCAAGCUGAGAGUAGUGGAGGACCUGAAGCUCUCGCACAAUCCCAUGAAGACCAUUCCAGACUUAGCCUUCCAGUCUUUUGGGCGAUACAUGGAGACCCUCAGCCUGGACAACAUGAGUCUAGAAAAGUUUUCAGAUAAAGCAUUUACCGGUGUAACCACACUGAAGACCGCUCACAUUGAGAACAACAAACUUUCUAGUCUUCCGAGGACCUUUCCUUUCAGUCGUCUUGAGGCACUCACCUUGUCUAACAACCCUUGGCAUUGUUCCUGUCAGCUAGCACCUCUGCGCAGGUGGCUGGAAUCCUCUCGAUCACGCCCUGAUGCAACCUGUGCAUCACCCUCUCAGGCUCGAGGACAGCAGAUCCGAGAUACCAUUGUACUCCGCAGCUGCAAGGUCCCCACUAAGAGGUCGAAGAAGGGAAGUCGCCAUUAAACAGGACCCAGGAAAGCUAGUCCAGGUGACUGGCCGCUUCAGCCAAUCAGAAAACUACUGACUUCACCCCCAAGCUUUUCCUUUCCUUCAAGAACAUAUAUCCAAUCACAUUCAUCUCUUCCUAAAUGCAGACUGCAGAGUGGAAUUCACCAUUCAAUUUUUCCUGUUAUUAUAUCUAUUUUUUUUUAAAAAAAAUUAAGAACAACAACAACAACUAAACAUAUACAUGACAGUUCUAAGACAAAGCUAAACUAGAUCCUGCUGGUAAAGUACAGUCAUCUCUCUUAAUGCCGUUCAGCUACUUAGGUUGCAAUCCAAUACAUGUCUACUCAGAAGUAAACUCCACUGGGUUCAAUGGGACUUACACCCAAGCGUAUAUUGGAUUGCAGCCUUAGUUUGUCUCCAAGACUUGCCUUCCAACAUUAUGGAAACUAAUAGAGAACAUUAAAAGUUCCUCCACAUCCCCAAUCCCUUGGAUCCACGAUUUUGCACUGGAAGCUUUGUUGCUGAGGUGAACCUUAAAAGUCUACAAGCAAAAACCCAUGAAUUCUGUGCACAGCCUAUACUAUGAGGAAAGUUUUUAGGUGUCAUUCUGAAUGCAAAAGUUGCAUUGCCUUGUUUUAAUAUUUGGCAUUCCCAGGCAGUGGUUGUCAACAUGGGAGACGCGAUGGGACAAUGAUGGUAGACUACUGGAAAUAAGACAUGGGGAUAGAAAAAGGAAUGAGCACCAACGACACAUGAGAUAAGCAAUACUCAGCUCUAUCUGCAUCACAUAUAUAAACUGGUUUAAAUCAUCAUUCUCUGAGCCAGGAAAACAUAAUCACUGGGGAGGGGAGGGGUGGUAGGGAUCUCCAACAGAAAAUUCUCAGCAUCCUCACCAGACUACACAUCCCUGUAUUGCUUACAGCGAUCCACUGAGAUAUUAAAAUAUUGAUUUUAUAAGUAUAAAUAUGGCCGCAAACUGCUGUCCCCAACCCUCACCAAGCCCAUUGUCAGUCAGAGACUUCCUGAAUCACCAAUCACUGGGCUGCUAUGGAGUUGGUGAUUCUGCCCUCUGUAAUGCUUAGUCAUCCAAGAACUCAGCAGCUGAUGUUCUAUAUCCACAGGCAUUUGAACUGCUAAAUAUGGAAGCAGUGGACCCCCAUAGCUAAUUCCAUCUAGAUACUAAAUCUAGAAAAACAAAAAAACCACCAUCCUUGCCCUAUGCUUUGAUAAAACUUAAGAGAAAUUCUUGAACCCUUUAUCAGGAACAGUGACUUGGGCCACUCAUUCAUGGCAUAGAUCAGGUGUGGGGAACUUUUGGCCCUCCAAAUGUUGCUGAACUACAUCUUCCAUCAUCCCUGGCCAUGCUUGCUCGGGCUGAUGGGAACUGUAGUUUAGCAAUAUUUGGAAGGCCAAAGGUUCCCUAUACCUGGUGAAGAUCCUGUGCCUGUAUAGCACAAGAUGGCCAUCGGAUUCUAGGAAAGUUAUCAAAGUUAUCUUUGGAUUUUUGUGGAAGGGAUUUCACAACCUGUCCUUCAACCAGAGCUUGGAAAAGUUACUUUUUUGAACUACCAUCAGCCCCAGCCAGCAUGGCCACUGGAUUGGGCUGAUGGGAGUAGUAGUUCAAAAAAGUAGCUUUUCCAAGCUCUGCCUUCAACUAUACAUUAGGGGCAACUUAAAAUGAUUGUGCUGCUUUGAGACCUAGGUGGCAAAAUGCUGGAUAUAAUGGGUGAAAAGGGGGAUAUCAUUUAAAAAAAAAAUCAGAAAGUUUUGAGCUAGAAUCAUCAGGAUCUACCUAUAUAUGCAAUAUAACUCUCUAGCUUCAGCUGACUGAAAUGGAACAUCUCUCCUGUUGAAGGCACUACCACAGUGCCUAGUCUGUGCCAAGGGCUGCAGCUGAAGCAGCAUGGGUGGGCUACCUAGUUACAAUGAAAAUAAUAUCAGAUUUUCCUGUCCCUCUAGAUCGGUUAGGCUGAGCAGAAAUCAGGAAUCUAAAUAAUGAAUUAAGGUUACAGUCGAAUGCACGCUUACUUAUAAGAAAGGCCCAUUGAAUAAAGUGGGACUUGAUUCCAAGUAGUGUAUAGGAUCCAGGCUAAACAAGGAUGGAUUCCCCCUUAUUCUAAGGCACUGGUCUUCAAACUAUGUUACUACAAAAGUUAGGAUUCCUUGGAAGCAUAGCUCUCUCUUAUUAGGGGUUCCUCAAUUACUGAUCUAAUCACACACAAAAAAAACACUCUUCCCUGAAAGACAGCUUGGCCAUUGUUCACCAUUACUGGUCUUCCUUGUCAAUAUGCAUAUCCAGGAGGGGAUUGGGCAGCUUCUAGGCUGUAUUCUCAGCUCAUAUGCGGCAAUGGCAAAGCCUAUAAUGGGUCUAGCUGGCAUGCCUUGUAAAUUGAGAGUAAAACCUAGAUAGUGACCCACCAGGUUCUUCAGCAGAUUCAUAGGAGUUCAUUGGCAGAGACACUGAUGCAGACGAGGUUUCCCUUAAGGUAGGAAGUUUGAAAACCACUGUCCUAGAAGACUAUAUUACAAGGUGUGCAUAUAUAAAAUGGGGGGGGGAUGACAGAAAGGGAUAAUAAUUUGCCACCCUGGAAAAUGAUCCCCCCUAUCAACCCUGUGCCCUAAAACAUAUAGCUGAAGGCAGCAUGAUGGCUAUGGUUUAUCGACAUGGAUUUUAUAGUACCACAAUUUCAAUGUAACUGCUUUUUUAUCCUAAAGAUUUAUAUAAAUAUAUAAUAUUUAUUCCUCUGUUAUGUGUAAAUGACUCCUAGGAGGAUUUUGGUAGUUU